AUGUCUUUGCUGGCUUGGAAUUGUCGCGGGGCGGCAAAGAAAAGGUUUUUGGGAACCUUAACUAGUAUGAUCCGAAAACACAGAAUAAAUUUGACUGCUAUUUUUGAACCUAGAAUAAGUGGUGAGAAAGCUCAAAAGAUUAUUAAAAGAACAUGGUAUAACAGUUGUAUUGUGGAAGAAGCUCAAGGUUUCAUGGGAGGGAUCUGGGUUUUGUGGAACAAGGAGUUCUGUAAUGUUACGAUUUUGGAAAAGAACAUGCAAAUGGUUCAUUUGAAAGUUUGUUUCUCCGAUAAUGUUGCGUUCUUAUGCACAUUUAUUUACGCCAAUCCUAGAGAAGAGGUGAGACGUAGCCUUUGGCAGGAUCUUCGUCGGAUUGCUGAUUCUAUGAAUGAGCCCUGGCUUAUCACCGGUGAUUUUAAUGAAAUUGCUUCCCCUUUAGAGAAACGUGGAGGUGCCCCGGUAGAUUUAUAUAAAUGUAACAGAUUUGCUUCUUUGCUUACGGAUCUGAAGAUGAUUGAUUUGAAUAGUUCUGGUUCGAGAUUUACUUGGCGUGGUUCUCGUUUCCUGAAUAUGGAUAGAGUUUUCAAACGGUUAGAUCGUGCUUGCAGUAACGAUUUAUGGAGGGUUACAUUUGAGGAGGGUCAUGUUAGAGCCCUUCCUAGGUUAAACAGUGACCAUAACCCCUUUCUUAUAUCCUUGUCUUCUUCAAAAGAUGAAUGGAAGGAUCGUCCUUUCCGUUUCCAUUCCUUUUGGCAGGACCAUAUCCUGUUCAAUCAAUUUUUAAAGGACAAUUGGCACGUGCAUAUGAACAUUACUGAUUGUUUGAAGGUUCUUACCCCUUGCAUUAAGGAGUGGAAUAAGAAGGUGUUUGGGAAUAUUAAGCAUAGGAAGAAUAAGUUGAUGAGAAGACUUGAAGGUAUUCAAAGAGCCAUUUCUGAGCACAAUAAAGAUUAUCUGGAGAAAGUGGAGUGCAAGAUCAAAGCUGAACUUGAGGAGGUCCUUGAUCAAGAGGAGUUAUUAUGGUAUGAAAAGUCUCGAACUCAGUGGAUUAAUCAAGGUGACAGAAACACGAGAUACUAUCAUACAAAGACUAUUGUCAGAAGGAAAAGAGGUAGAAUCAUGGAACUCAAGGAUGAUAAUGGAAGUUGGAUUCAUGAAGAGGAAGGCCUGGUUAAGAUGAUCCACAAUUUUUAUAUUAAUCUUUUCAAAGAUGAAAGCUGUCAUCGUGAGUGGAUCAAUACUAGAUGGCCUAUUGUUCCUGAGGAAGUCAUGGAUAAAUUAAGG